UGUCUCUGACUGCAGGUUUAUUCCUGCUGCCUCUCUCAUAGAGUUUAUUUUGUUCUGAUCUGUUCCUUUUUUAUAGAACUCUCCUGUUUCUCACCUCCUGUUGUUCCUGAACUGUUGCUGCUGUAUUUUUUCCUCAUGUCUUUGGCUGCCUGUUGCAGGUCUGUGUCUCUCUACUGACGUCGCCCUCCUGAACUCCUCACCUGCUCUGGUCUGCGUUACCUUCAAUAUCAGUUCCUGUUCUUGGUCAUGGAUGACUUUGUUUGUAACAAACUGACUGAAUGGGGUCUUAGUGAGCUCAUUGAUAGAUUUAAAGAUGAAGGCAUUGACAAGGAAAGUCUCUAUUAUCUAGACGAUCAAGACAUUAAAGACUUGAUCCCAGAAAUGGGACCAAGAGCAAAAUUCAAGAAGGAACUCAAGAAGCUAAAGUUCCUGUUCUUGGUCAUGGAUGACUUUGUUUGUAACAAACUGACUGAAUGGGGUCUUAGUGAGCUCAUUGAUAGAUUUAAAGAUCAUAGCAUGGACAAGGAAAGUCUGUAUGAUCUCGAUGAUCAAGACAUUAAAGACUUGAUCCCAGCAGUGGGACCAAGAGCAAAAUUCAAGAAGAGACUGAAGCAGUUAAAGGAAGAACAAAACACAAAUCAGGAAGCAGCAAAUUCUCCUGUUCCAGUUUCGCCAGCAACAAGUGAUAAAGAAUCAGUCAUACUGUCUGAUGUGAAAGACAUCAUGGGAUCAGUCCUGAAGAAACUGCAUCACCAAGACAAGACAAACCUGAAUAAUUUCCUGAGGACGAAAAUCCAUGAUUUGAAAACAGACAAGAAGGAACUGAUUGGUGUCUUUGGUAGAACUGGGGCUGGAAAGAGCUCUUUGAUAAACGCUGUCCUUGGAGAGGAGGAUCUGUUGCCCUCUGGAGACGUCAUUGCCUGUACCUCAGUCAUGAUUAAAGUGGAGGCAAACAUGCGUAGCUCAAAGUACGAAGCAGACAUCGAGUUCAUUACAAGCGAGGAGUGGAAAGAUGAGAUUUGGACCAUGAAGCAGUUUCUUGGGAAUGCAGACGAGGAAUGGCAAAAAGAUGCGGAUUGUCGUGACGUCGUUGAAAAGCUGUCUGCAGUGUACGGAGAAGAGUGGAAACACAAAUCUCCUGAAAACCUGGUGGACGUCAAAUACUUCAGUGAAAGUGAAGAAUUUCUCCAAUCCCAGAGAAAGACUUUGACAUGUGGAUCAGCCAAAGAGCUAUCUGCAAAAUUAGUCAGAUACACAAGAAGCACCUCCAGACGUCGACAAGGAGAAGUAACGAGGUGUUUCUGGCCACUGGUGAAGUGUGUGACUGUCAAGGUGCCAAAUAAUGAUCUUCUUCAACACGUCACACUGGUGGACCUUCCUGGAAACGGAGACCGGAACAAGAGCAGAGCUAAAAUGUGGAAAGGGAUUGUUGGAGAUUGUUCUACUGUGUGGAUCGUGACUGAAAUCAAUCGAGCAGCAUCAGAAGACGAUGCCUGGGAGAUCUUGGAGAGUACCUGCAGCCUCAUGGGCAAUGGUGGCCAGUGUCAGAGAAUUCACUUCAUCUGCACCAAGUCUGAUGUUAUUGGAGGUUCAAAUGAUGAUGCAGAUGUUCGUGCUCGCAUCGUUCAAAGAAACGCCACAGCCAAGGAAGAAGUGAUCAUAGAAUAUGGCAGUCUAAACCAGGUUAAGAAACACUUCAGUGAUGACUGCUUCAAAGUGUUCACAGUGAGCUCUGAUGAGUUCCUGAAGGGGGAACAUCUAAAUCCAGAGGACACUGAAAUACCCCAACUUCAGGUUUUGAAGGGUCUCAACGACUGUCACUCAGAGACACUAAACUAUGUAACUGGAGCUUAUGGGAUUCUGUCUUUGAUGCAUGGAGCCAACUCUACAGAAGGGAAUGGAAAGAAAACAGAUGUUUGUGCAGAACUUGAAAAGAAUCUAAGCCAUCAACUUGGUCAAGUCAAACAGGCAGUGGAAGACGCUCACAAGGCUUUUGAAACACGCCUGAUUGAGGGCGUGGAAAAAUCCCAAAGUUCAUGUGAAAGGUCCAUGAGCUCCUUCUUAUAUUCUUCUGCCCGUGGUUUCCACAGGACAUUGAAGUGUGUGGUUCAGAAAGAUGGCGUCCACAAAACAACAAAAGGAAAACAAAUAAACCUGAAUGUGAAGUUAGCUUCAUGGCUGACAGACGGCAUCGAUGAGGAGUUCAGGAAGACCUUCCCAAAUGAAGGAAAAUGUGGAUCAUUCAACGGCGUCAUCAGUUCGUUUUCCCUGGACACAGAGAGGCUAAUGAAGGAGAACCAGAGUCCCAAACUGCAGCUGAUAUUUCUCAAGACGGAGGAAGAAAAAAUGAAGACAAAACUCAACAAAACCGUCCGGGAGCGUAAGAAAACCAUCUACAACAGUCUGACAGAGACAAUAGAGAAAACAAUGCUGGACUGCUACAAAAGAGCAGCAGAAUUUAGUGGACCGGACUCACUGAAAUACAUGAGAGACACUAUUUUAGAGCAUGUACGAGUCUCCAAGGACAUGAUGUUUGAGGAGGCUAAAGCUGCCAUGUUGAAGCUGCUGAAUGACCUGAAGGAGGAGAUCCUGAAGACACUGCAGGAAACUUUGGAGGAAUCCAUUGAGCUCUCACUAAAGACAGAUGACAACUCAAUCCCAGAUGUUCCAGAUGAACUUGAGAAGGUGUUGAAAUACUACAAUGAACUGAAAGACAACUCAAAGGAAUUGAUUUUCCAAUUGGGGUAAAACGUUGAAUCUUCCAUCAGUGGACAGAAACAUCAGAGGCCUGGUCUUCCACUGAACAUCUCUGAGGAUCACUGACUCAACACAGGACACUCUGGAUUUGGUCUCAACCAUUUUUAUUAAGUUGGUUUCUAUGUACUCUUUGAUGCUUUGGUUUGAUUUGUUCUUUGACUUUGUUUUUAUGAAUUUUGUGCUGAGAUGUUACAGAUUUUCUGGAUUUUUUUUCCUUUUAUUGAUUCCAGUCCAGAGGCAACUAAAAAAGUAGAGAGAGAUGAAAUGCAAAGAGCCCUGGUUGGAUUUGGACCAGUGAUGUUGUGGUUUUCAUCAUAAAGGUACAAACCACAAAACAUUUAGAUUUUAAGGAUUGAACUGUUCUUUUCUUGUUUUCCAGUAUUGUGUUUGCAUGUUUUCUGAGUUUAGUGUGGGUUCAUUGGGAUAGGAGCACUGCAGCUUCAGGGAUUAGAUCAAUGUGUGUCAUUUUAACCUUGAACCUUGAAUACAGCUCAAACUGCAGGUUUGAUUUAACACAGAUUUUAGGUUUUAAAUGUUUUAAUGUUUUUCCUGUAAGUUCAUACUAAGUUAAAGUACAGAUGAAAGUAAUAAAGCAGCAGCUUCUUACUGGAAAUUAACAUCAUUUAUUUUAUUGUUGUUUUAUUUUGCAUGUAAUCUACACUGACUCUAAAUGAAUAGAUGUUUUUGAUUUGAUGUCCAACACAUUUAACCUUCAAUCUUGAAUAUAGCUCAUACUGUAGGUUUGAUCUGACAUAGAUUUGAGGUUGUUAAAGACAGACCUUGAAUUAGUACUUUUCUUUACAUUCAAAGACAAAUAUUUACCAAAUGCAAGAUAAUAGUCUCAUGAUUUACUCUGUCGUUGUGGAUUUAUGUCUAAUCUGAACUGAUUCUAAAUCCAAUCAUGUAUUUGAUCUACUGUCUAAUAAACCUGAGUUAAAGUGUG